GACCGGUGGAAAAAAGAGGGGGCCCGAGCGCCGCGGACCUCUCUCCCUACGUCACUUCCGCUUCCUUCUCCGCAGGGCGGGUAAUUCGAAAGUUGUUUGCAGCGAGUGGCCUUCCCCGUUGGCGCGCGCCCGGGGCGGCGGCGCUGGAGGAGCUCGAGACCGAGCUUAGUUAUGUCUGGGAGGCGAACGCGGUCCGGAGGAGCCGCUCAGCGCUCCGGGCCAAGGGCCCCAUCUCCUACUAAGCCUCUGCGGAGGUCCCAGCGGAAAUCAGGCUCUGAACUCCCGAGCAUCCUCCCUGAAAUCUGGCCGAAGACACCCAGUGCGGCUGCAAUCAGAAAGCCCAUCGUUUUAAAGAGGAUCGUGGCCCAUGCUGUAGAGGUCCCAGCUGUCCAGUCACCUCGCAGGAGCCCUAGGAUUGCCUUUUUCUUGGAGAAAGAAAACGAGCCCCCUGGCAGGGAGCUUACUAAAGAGGACCUUUUCAAGACACACAGCAUCCCUGCCACCCCCACCACCACUCCUGUGCCCAACACUGAUGCCGAGUCCAGCUCCACGGAAGGAGAGCUGGACGCCAGAGACUUGGAAAUGUCUAAGAAAGUCAGGCGUUCCUACAGCCGGCUGGAGACCCUGGGCUCUGCCUCCACCUCCACCCCAGGCCGCCGGUCCUGCUUUGGCUUCGAGGGGCUGCUAGGGGCAGAAGACUUGUCCGGCGUCUCACCAGUGGUGUGCUCCAAACUCACUGAGGUCCCCAGAGUCUGUGCAAAGCCCUGGGCUCCAGACAUGACUCUCCCUGGAAUCUCCCCACCACCCGAGAAACAGAAACGUAAGAAGAAGAAGAUGCCAGAGAUCUUGGUGAGUGAGAGGCAGGGGUUUUUCUCUGCCAUGUGCUCUGGCAGACGUGCACAGCUGGGGCUCUGGCUCUUUUGGGGGAUAGGCAGCACCUGCAGGGUGUGGGUGAGAUGCUCCAGCUACCAUGUUCCCUUCUCACUCACCUGCUCCCCAUUUCUCUUCCCUCAGAAAACGGAGCUGGAUGAGUGGGCGGCGGCCAUGAACGCGGAGUUUGCAGCUGCUGAGCAGUUUGAUCUCCUGGUUGAAUGAGAUGCAGUGGGGGGUGCACCUGGCCAGACUCUCCCUCCUGUCCUGUACAUGGCCCCCUCCCUGUGGAGGGGACACUUAGGGUCCCCUCCCCUGGUCUUGUUACCUGUGUGUGUGCUGGUGCUGCGCAUGAAGCCUGUCUGCCUUUGAGGGCUUGGGCAGCAGUGGCAGCCAUCUUGGUUUUAGGAAAUGGGGCCGCCUGGCCCAGCCACUCACUGGUGUCCUGUCUCUUGUCGUCCUGUCCUUCCUAUCUCUCCAAAGUACCACAGCCAGUUUCCAGAUGGGCCAUAGACUGUGGAGGAGAAUCACUGGCCCAGCCAGAAGUUAAAGGGCUGAGGGUUGAGGUGAGGGGCACCUUCUGCUCUUGCUGGGAAGGGUGGCUCCUUGGAAAUAGGCCCAGGGGUUCUGCCAGCCUCGGCCUUUCCAUCCUGAGUUGCCUUCUGUUGGUGGCUUUCUUCCUGAACCCAUCUGCGUAAAGAAGUUUUCGGUUCCGUGGGUUUUCCUUCCAAUUCUGUAAAUAGUCCCAGAGAGAAUUUGUGGGCUGAGGGCAAUUCUAUCUUGGAGGAAGAAGCUGGACAUUCAGCCUGUGAAGUCUGAGUUUUGAAGGAUGUGGGGAGCCUCAGUUGGGUCUCAGACCAUAAGUGUGUACUACACAGAAGCUGUGUUUUCCAGUUCUGGUCUGCUGUUGAGAUGUUUGGUAAAUGCCAGGUUGAUAGAGCACUGGCUGCUUGGAGCAAAGGGGCCACCAGGUGCUGUGGGUUUCUGUGGCUCACGGCCUCUGGGCUGGUGCCUUGCGCAGGGCCCACGCUGGAGUCUUACCACUCUGCUGCAGGGGUGGAAGGUGGCCCCUCUUGUCACCCACACCCAUUUCUUACAAAAUAAGUUACACAGAGUCUACUUGGCCCUAGAAGAAAAAGUUGAAGAGUGCCAGUCUUACUAGCAUUUUGUGACUAUGCCUGUAAAGUCCUCGGAAACUCCUUGUGUACCAGACAGCGGCAGGGGCUGAGAGCAAUUUUAGUUUUUGGCCUCCCUAUCCUCUCACAUGAGAACACUGCCUGGAUGCAUCUCAUGAUCUCUGGAGAAUUUCCCCAUCUUUCUCUUCUUUGAAUACUGAGGAUUCAAUAGUGUGGAUUUGAAGGCUGCCCUGCCCCGACUCUCCCACCGCACCCCAGUCCGUUGUACCUUUUGAUGUUUAUAAGUUCAUGGAAGUAGACGCUGAGGUGUGCAGAGGAGCUGGUGGAUAACAGAGAAUGCCAGUGAAGAUGAGUGCUGGGUCAGGGUACUUGGAAGAAAUGUUGCAGGCCAGGCAGGCCCUAAUAAAACCCUCUGCCAGGCCUGGGAGUCCCAGGCCAUCUGCUCAACGCUCUGUGCUUUGUCAGACUUGCAAGCAAGCCCCCUUGCGGGGGAGGCCUAGGUGUCCUUGAGCUGAACCGCACUGAAGAACUCUUGUCCUCACUGGCUGAUGUGGCAGAACUCUUGGGAAAUGUCUUAGUCCUGCAGAAUCAGGGGUCACCAGAUGAUGCGGAGUUGAGAUCAUCACUGCAAACUUCUCUGUUCCUGAGGAACUAAAUUUAAGGAAAAAAAUGGGAUUUUGUUUUAUAGUUGGAAAAAAAUCCUGAUUAAAGAUUUUCUGCCUGUC